GUGCAGUUUUGGGCCUAGAAUAGUGAGUGUCAAGGCAGAGCGGGGAAGGAAGGCGGCUAGAAACAAUGGCAAUGGUGGCUACAGCAGCGGGAGGAACUGGCUCAGGAGGCCCCGUGGUUACAGGGCAAGGGGCUAGCGGCGCCUCAGCACUCGGGGUGGGCAGGAAAAAAGAUGGGGGCCCGCCGGUGAAGUACUGGGAAAGCGCGGAGACGAUUUCCCAACUUGAGUCGGUGCGGGUUUGGACUGGGAAGCAUUACAAAAAGUAUGUCCAGGCUGACUCCCCCACCAAUAAAACACUUGCAGGUCUGGUGGUGCAGCUGCUGCAGUUCCAAGAAGAUGCCUUUGGGAAACGUGUCAACAACCCAGCGCUCACCAAACUGCCGGCAAAAGCCUUCCUGGACUUCAAGGCAGGAGGAGCCCUGUGUCACAUCCUGGGGUCAGUGUACAAGUUCAAGAGUGAGCAGGGCUGGCGAAGGUUUGAUUUGCAGAACCCGUCCCGGAUGGACAGAAAUGUUGAGAUGUUCAUGACUGUCGAAAAAACACUGGUGCAGAAUAACUGCCUGACCAGGCCUGCUGUCUACCUUGUCCCUGAAAUUGAACAGAAGCUGGCGGCUAAACUAAAGGACAUCAUCAAGCGGCACCAGGGUACUGUUACAGAUGACAAGUCCAAGGCUUCUCACCACAUCUAUCCUGUCCCUUCCUCACUGGAGGAUGAGGAGUGGCUGCGUCCGGUGAUGCGGAAGGACAAACAGGUGCUGGUGCACUGGGGGAUGUAUCCAGACAGCUAUGAUACCUGGGUUCCUGCCAGUGAUGUUGAUGGUGAUGUUGAAGAAAACCUGAACCCUGAUAAGCCCUGGAAGGUUCAUGCAAAGUGGGUCCUGGACACAGAUGAAUUUAAUGAGUGGAUGAAUGAAGAAGACUAUGAAGUAGAUGAGAACAAGAAGUCUGUGAGUUAUCCAAAACGCAUCUCCACCCACAUUGAGGAGUCCUCCCGCACCCCCGAUCGAAAGGAACGGAAAGCAGCUGCUUCCGGAAAGAAGAGGAGGCGCUCUCCCUCUCCCCCUCCAACCCCUGCAGAGUCCCGAAAGAAGGGCGGUAAGAAGGGUCAGCCCACCCCAAACUGGAAGAAGCGCAAUCAGCGUGAGGAGGAGGAGGAGGAAGAGGAGCAGGAGGACCUAACCAAGGACAUGGAGGACCCCAUCCCUGUCCCCAACAUGGAGGAGGUCAUCCUGCCCAAGAACCUGAAUCCCAAAAAGGACAGUGAGAAUACCCCAGUGAAGGGGGGCACCGUGGCUGAUCUGGAUGAGCAAGAUGAGGAGUCUAUGGUUACCAGUGGGAAGCAGCAGGAGGAGGAGGAGGAGCAGGGAAAGGCAGAGGUGAACCGCUUGAUCGACUCCAGUGAAGACAAUGUGACAGAGCAGACCCACCACAUCAUCAUCCCCAGCUAUGCAUCCUGGUUCGAUUACAACUGUAUCCAUGAGAUCGAGAGGCGUGCCCUGCCAGAGUUUUUCAAUGGGAAGAACAAAUCCAAAACCCCAGAGAUAUUCCUGGCAUAUCGUAACUUCAUGAUCGACACUUACCGGCUGAACCCACAGGAGUACCUCACCAGCACCUCCUGCAGGAGGAACCUCACUGGGGACGUGUGUGCUGUCAUGAGAGUGCAUGCCUUCCUGGAGCAGUGGGGUCUGAUCAAUUACCAAGUGGACGCUGACAGUCGUCCUCUGCCGAUGGGCCCCCCGCCCACACCCCACUUCAAUGUGCUGGCAGACACCCCUUCCGGACUAGUACCCCUGCAGCACCGCCCCCCGCAGGUCCCGGCCUCCCAGCAGAUGCUGAACUUCCCAGAAAAGGGGAAGGACAAGUCCUCAGACAUGCAGAACUUUGGGCUCCGCACUGACAUCUACUCCAAGAAAACACUCAACAAGAGUAAAGGAGCCAGUGCAGGGAGGGAGUGGACCGAACAGGAGACCUUGCUCUUACUGGAGGCCCUGGAGAUGUACAAGGACGACUGGAACAAGGUGUCUGAGCAUGUGGGGAGCCGCACCCAGGAUGAGUGUAUCCUGCACUUCCUGCGACUACCCAUUGAGGAUCCCUACCUGGAGAACUCGGAAGCUUCCCUAGGGCCACUGGCCUAUCAGCCUGUCCCCUUCAGCCAGUCCGGGAACCCCGUCAUGAGCACAGUGGCUUUCCUGGCCUCUGUGGUGGACCCCCGCGUGGCAGCUGCUGCUGCAAAGGCAGCUCUGGAGGAGUUCUCACGGGUGCGAGAGGAGGUCCCAGCAGAGCUGGUGGAGGCUCACGUCAAGAAGGUCCAGGAAGCAGCCAAGACCACUGGCAAAGUAGACCCAGCAUUUGGGCUGGAGAGCAGCGGCAUCGCCGGCACCACCCCUGAGGAGCCAGAGAAGCUAGAGGCUCCAGAGCCUGAGAAGAUGGAGACAGAGACUGAAGGACAGCAGCCAGAGAAGGUGGAGAACAAGGAGGAUGCUGCAGUGGAUAAGCUCAGUGAGCCUGCAGAGAAGCCACAGGAGCGUGUGAAGAGCGAGGCCACAGAGUCAGAGAAGGAGGAGGAAGCAUUAGCUGGGGAGGAGAGCAGGACAGAUAAAGACCAGGAGGAGGAAAAGGAGAACAUGGACACCAGUAGGGACAGUGACUGGGAGUCUGGGAAGAAGAAAGUGGAGCCCGAGGUGGGGGAGGGGAACAUUGCCACGGCCGCAGCAGCAGCUCUGGCCUCCGCAGCCACUAAAGCCAAGCACCUGGCUGCCGUGGAGGAGAGGAAGAUCAAGUCCCUGGUGGCCCUGUUGGUUGAGACCCAGAUGAAGAAGCUGGAGAUCAAGCUGAGACACUUUGAGGAGCUAGAGACCAUCAUGGACCGUGAGAAGGAAGCGCUGGAGCAGCAGCGGCAGCAGUUGCUAACAGAGAGACAGGCCUUCCACAUGGAGCAGCUGAAGUAUGCAGAGAUGAAGGCUCGCCAGCAGAUGGAGCAGCAGCAAGCAGCAGCAGCUGCCCAGAACCCGGCCGGGCAGCACCCUGCUCUAUCUGGCAUGAUGGGGCACCAGCAACCCCCCGCCUUCCCCGUGAUGCAUCACCAGAUAGGACCUCACCAUCCCGGACAGCCAGGGCCAAUUGGAGGGCCUAUAUGUCCUGGACAGCCCAUGGCGGGGAGAAUAUCGACCAGUGCUCCAGGUGGACCAUCCCACCCUGCCCAGCCCAACAUUCCCCCGAUGAUGGGACCCCGGCACCCAGGAGCACAGAACGGCAUGUACCCCACCCCACCAGUGCAGCCUGAUGGGAUAGCCCCAACCUCUGCAGGACAUCUAGCCACACCCGCCCCAACACGAGUGGCUGAGAACUAGUACAUGAACCAACCAAAUCAGUCCUGACACACUCAUCUCAGUUCAGAACAUCACAAGAUAAAUAUUUCAUAGCAGGCAAACCCUUCCAGAGCAGCCCAUAGCCCUUCAACUAUUCCAAAACCAUUUAUUGAAGAGUAAAGGCAAUUGGAAAUACAAUAUUUGGGUUACAGGAGUCGAGUUUUAUCCUCUAUCUUGUCCAAUCAAUUGUAAAGACUAGACUUUAAAAUAAAUAAAUAAAUAAAUACAUUUGUCAUCUAGCUGUUGUCUGCUCUAUCAUAACAUUUUUGUAAUUGACCAAAUCAAUAGGAUUUUCUUUUAACCUCCCACAGUUCUAGGGUAGAGUCUUGACAAUAUUCUCUUUUGAAGAACUACCUCUGACUCCCCAUUUUUUUUUUUUUUUUUUUUUUUUAAACCUGU